AUGAUCAAGGACCGUCAGGAAAUGAGCUCAACAGUUGUCACCUCCAUGAAGCUCAGUGUUGAAAACGAAGAAGAUGCCAAGUGUCUACGGAGCAGCCUUCGAGGCAUUCAGGUCUUGAUCAACGAGGAAGAGAAGGAUCGGGAAUUUCUGACAGAUGGCGAACAGCGUGAUAAUGGCGUGUUCUCCACAACUCAUGCUGGGAUGGACGCGCUAAGUGUGAAAGAUGAACUUGUAACUCAGGAAGGUAUUCCGUCACUCGUACAAUGUGCCACCGAAGAAAAGCAAAAUCAAGGAGACAUCAAUAACGAACAACUAGCACGAGAAUGCGAUGAUUUGCGUCAAAUACUAACCGAUCGUGACCAAAACAUCUUGAAACUAAACACAGAUCUACAAGUAGCAGAAAGCGACAAAAAUCAUUUAAGCAGUGAAAUUGCGCAAAUGGCUUCUCAGUUGGAAGAAAAAACAAACCGUAUUCGUGACAAGGAGAAAGAGUUCAAGAACUAUGAAGACACCUGGACAAGGGAGGCAAAGAACACGGACGAUAAACACAAGAAUGACAAGGCGAAGAUGCAGUCAUCGUUUCAGGUAGGAAAACAACGUGAAACAGAACUCGUCAAAGAAAAUGCAGAUCUAGACAAGCGCUUGACAAAUACAACGAGACUAUUGGAAAAUACGAGGUAG